CUUGUAAGAAGAAAAAAUAAUGAAGCGGAACUACAGCAUAACAGUCGAAAACAUGACCGGACAGUUUUUACCGACGCUCCGAAAUAUCCUCCAUGACAGGUUGAGCAUAACACUAAAUUGAUGUUGGCCUCUCUGUCCAUGAUGAUGUCACAUGGUUUCAAGAGCAGUAAGCAGGACUUCACUUUUGGACCAUGGAAAGUGACUGCUGCCAAAAACCACAUCAUGAAGUCCAAAGACAUUGAACGGUUAGCAGAGGAGAUGAACAUGCCCUCUCUUCCAGAGAUGAUGUUUGGGGACAAUGUUCUGCGCAUCCAGCACACAGAUGGCUAUGGCAUUGAAUUCAAUGCUAUUGAUGCCCUUAAGAGAGUCAACAACAUGGAGGAUGCUGUUAAGGUGGCCUGUGCUCAAGAAUGGCAGGAGAGCAGAGCGGAUACGGAGCACUCCAAAGAGGUGUUGAGACCUUAUGACUGGACUUACACCACAGACUAUAGAGGCACCUUGAUAGGAGACAGUAUGCAGAUAAAGGUUACUGAGACAACAGAACGUAUUAAUAUGGAGAAAUUGAAAGCUCGGGAACACAUCAUGUUUUUUGACGAAGUACUGCUGUUUGAAGAUGAACUGCAUGACCAUGGAGUCUCCAUGAUCAGUGUCAAAAUUAGGGUCAUGCCCACCAGUUUCUUCUUGUUGCUUCGUUUCUUCCUGCGAGUGGAUGGAGUGCUGAUUAGAAUCAAUGACACUCGACUGUAUUAUGAGGCUGGAAAGGAUUACAUGCUACGAGAAUUCAGCACAAGGGAAAGCAAAGUAGCAGAACUGAAGUUCCUGAAGUCGGAGGCAGACCUGGAUUACAUUGAGAAGUGGCUGAAGUUGGACUUCAUGAACGCUGGAGAGAAUGGAUGUCCAGUUGAGGAGAACCCGGUGAUGAUGCUGGAGAACUUGAAGGUUAUCAAGGCCAAACACUCUGCACUGUGCACUCAGGUCAAGGACAUUGCAGCUGCACAGAAAGAAUCCAUGGACUCAAUCAGAAACAACCUCAACAGUGCCAUGGAGCUGAUCCAACACUUCCAACAGACUACUGAUGUGAAGGUUCCCACACAAACUGUAUACAGGGGGUUCCCGACUUACGUCAAAGUUUCGUUCCUAUUGAUCUAUGUUGAGGCCCUGACCAUGUCAGAGACUAAUUCAGCAGCACUACUGGAUUCAGCUGUCUGUCAGAACACAUCAGAGGAGUCCUCCGGUGUAGCAGCUUCUCAUAAACAGCAGUCACACAGCUGUGGCUAUGAGGAGCUGAGUGUAUCCAUGUUAGACACGGUUCCCCUCAGCAUACGCUCCAACAUUGAGCUGACUGACCUCAAUGCAUUCUACAAACAGCUUCAGGAGCAUCUUAGCAGAAGUGACAGUGGAUCGCUCAGUUUGCAGAAGAUGAAGCAGUUGAAAAUGAAACCAAGUGAUGCCAAGCUGAAGAUCCUGCAGCACCUCUCUUUAGUCGAGCUGGACAGGAAAGGCCUCCUUCGACUUAUUUGAGGAAGAGCAACAGCUGUAAACUGCUUACAGAAUGAGUGCUUUUCUGUGGCUAUCUGAUUUGGCUGCUUCUAGAUCUCUUGCAGAAGCCCUGAGGGCACGAACUGAUCAGAUGCAUCCAGAUCAGAUGUUUCUAAACAUAUCAGUCAGCAACUGAUGUAAAUGGGACCACUAUUUCUGUCCUCUUCCAGGUCAUAGUUCUAUUUUAGCUUUGUGUUCUUUGCCUCCUGCCUGUGUUUCCAUAGCUCUCCUCAUUAUUGAUCGCUUUCAACUGCAGCUACACUGUGAAAAAUAUGGCUUUAUGGCUGGUCGAAACUGCAUGUCAGAUGGCCAAAUGGCUUAAAAAAGCCCCACCAUCUGUCGGGUAGUGGGUAACUGUAUUGUACAUUGUAACUUCAAACUAUUAAACCAUUUCUUACUGCA